AUGGACGUCAACAACCUCUUCUCCAUCAAGGGCAAAGUAGCCCUCAUAACCGGCGGCGCCAAAGGCGUCGGCCUCAUGAUCUCCACCGCCUUUGUGUCCGCCGGCGCAAAAGUGUACAUCUCGUCCCGCGACGCCACCGCCUGCGCCUCCGCCUGUGCAACCCUCAACACCAUCACCCCCAACUCGGCCUUCUCCCUCCCCGCCGACCUCCAGUCCGAAAAAGAAGUCCACCGCCUAGCCGCCGAGCUCACCAAGCUCGAGCCGGGGGGGCUGCACAUACUGAUCAACAACUCGGGCGCCACCUGGGGCGAGCCCUACGAAAAGUACCCCGACGCCGCCUGGACCAAGCUCCUCACCCUCAACCUCACCCGCGUCUUCACCCUCACCCAGGCGCUCACACCCCUGCUCAUCAAGGGGAGCAAACAAGACGAUCCGGCGAGGGUGGUGAAUAUCGGCUCCAUCGAUGGGUUGCGCGUUCCUCUCCUUCCAACGUUUGCGUACAGUGCCUCCAAGGCGGGCCUGCACCAUCUGAGUAGACAUCUUGCUGUUGAGCUGGGACCAAAGGGGAUAACGGUGAACAACCUCGCGUGUGGGCCUUUUCCGAGCAAGAUGAUGAAGCAUACUUUGGACACGAUGGGGGAGGUGAUCAAGGAGGCGAAUCCGUUGGGCCGAGUAGGACAGCCCGAGGAUGUGGGCGGGGCGUGUUUGUUUUUGUGCAGCAGGGCGGGGGGUUAUGUCAACGGGGCUACUUUGGCGUUGGAUGGGGGGGUUCAUUUGAUGGCCAAGAUUUAG